AGGGGCGGGGCUGAGAAAGAGCGAGGUCGAGAGCCACACACAACGAGGGAACCCCAUCAGCUGGAAGCCGAGUAACAUUACAAGUCCAUCUCCCAACGCACGAAUUCAUCUUUUCACCUCCUUUGGAUCAGAUCCAUAAACGCCGAAUCUUAUUCGUUUUUAUUAUUGUUACCAGCGGAUAUUGCAUUUUGUCGGGGAUUUUCUGUUAUUUUUGAGGGGAGUAAGGGGACUGGCAGAAGGUGGGGGGAUCAACCGUGGAGAGCCGCGAGCAUGGAAUAUUUCAUGGUGCCCGCUCAGAAGGUGCCCUCCAUGCAACACUUCAGGAAAACGGAGAAAGAAGUCAUUGGGGGGUUGUGUAGCCUGGCCAACAUUCCUCUGAGCCCAGAGACAGCGCGCGACCAGGAGAGGCGAAUCCGCCGUGAGAUCGCCAACAGCAACGAGCGGCGGCGCAUGCAAAGCAUCAACGCUGGCUUCCAGUCUCUGAAGACGCUCAUCCCGCACAGCGACAGCGAGAAGCUCAGCAAGGUGUCGGUGGGGUUCAAAGGAAGACGGGAAUCUUCUGUUUGCGGAGCUUCAUUUCCAGGUUUCUCUUCUCAGGCUGCCAUCUUGCAGCAGACGGCGGAGUACAUUUUCACGCUGGAGCAGGAGAAGACGCGACUACUGCAGCAGAACAGCCAACUCAAGCGAAUCAUACAGGAGUUGAGCGGCUCUUCCCCGAAGAGGAGGCGCGUGGAGGAGAAGGACGAAGGCAUCGGCUCGCCGGACAUCCUGGAGGAGGAGAAGACGGAGGACCUGCGGAGAGAGAUGGUUGAACUGAGGCAGCAGCUAGGGAGGGAACGCUCCGUCAAGAUGAUGCUGGAAGAGCAGUUGCGCUCACUGGAUGCAGAGUUGUACCCGGAGAAACUGAAAGCUUUGAGCCAGCACAGCCUUGUAUGUGUGCAUCAACACAAGCAGCUGGAGAAGGACCUUACACCUGCCCACAACCCACAGGCGGCCGGCCCUCCUGUGUCCACGCACCACGCCACGGUCAUCGUCCCCGCGCCCGUCCCUCCACAGUCCCAUCAUGUCACUGUGGUAACUGUGGGCCCGACAUCCGUCAUCAAUACCAUCUCCACGACCCGCCAUAACCUGGACACCAUCGUCCAGGCCAUCCAGCACAUUGAGAGCACCCAAGCCAAGGGCAGUGGGUGUGAGGAGGAACAACGGCGGGCGGUCAUCGUCAGUUCAAGCCGCGUCCUCCCCGACAGCAACGAGCCAGAUGACUGCUCACUCCCCUAAAUUCCUGGCACGCGCACACGCACGCACAGACUUUGGGCAGGGCCUUUUCAGCACACUGCUAUGGUGUGGCCCCGCGCUGUACGACAAGGCCCCUUGCUCUUAUCUGGUCGCUUAUUAGUGCAGCUACUUGACUUGACUGACAGAUACUCUCGCACUGGAUGUUGGUCCUCCAGGCGACAUUUUUUUGUUGUUGCUUUCUACUCGCCGCUGAAACAAAAUCCCCCAGACUAGGGCCCGACUACGCAGAAUAAAAUUACAAAUUAAUUCAUUAAAAAUAUAUCCACUGCAUUUUUCUUUUCUUAAAUCAUACAACAAUAACAAUAUGAAUCACGGGCAGAACAUCGGUUUUUCAUGACUUUUUCCUUUAGUGUGAGUUCAACUUUAGAGCAGAGAGAAGAAUCUGCGGGGGCGGUUACCCUCGUUCAGAUUUUUGCCUUAUUUUAAUCCCAAUAUUGUCUGAUGAAAUCAGCACAGGCUUUACUUGCCCACUUUCCUUUGGGCUUCUCAAAGUGAUUGUAUUCGGGAGAAUCGAGUCCGCUUAGCGGUCUUUCAUGUCUGCGUGUUACCAUUUUCACUGGGCUGGCUUCCCGGUACACCCCAACUGCCCGUUACCGGUUUUUACACUUUUUUUUUGGAAGCUGAUUAGGUUCCAUUUCCUCCCAGCCGCUGGAAGACAAAUUACAAUCGCGUGCACACUCAAUCGCAUUUGCCUUCUGUGCGGAGCCUUUAUUCCUGCCUAAAGACUCCAAUGUCAAGCCAUGAGGUGCGCAUGCUCACAUUCUCGAUGGUUGCAAUUUCAGAUUGUCUGGUCCAGCAGGAACUCCGGAAGAUUGUCACUCAAGUGCGCCAUGUGACACGGCCCGCUCCAAAAGCAUUCCACGAGGCGUGAAUGCUGGCAUCGUUCCCGCUGGAUGGCGCGGUCGUUGUUCUUAGCUGAGCCGCGAGUGGCGCUCUGAUCCUGCUGGACAGAUAAAUACGUACGUCUUUGCGUUGUUGACACCCUCUCACAGAUGGAAAGAAAACACAUUUAUUACCAAAGUCGAAUUCCUUGUUUGGCACGCUCAAACAUGGCGAAUAAAAGACUCUUGAAUCUUGAAUUUGGAAAAUUAUAAGCAUUUUCUCCCCAAUGUGUACUCUUUAAAAAAAUGGUUGUUGCUCUUGUUUCAUUAGCACUUAGGUGAACAAUGCCAGAGCAUGGACCUGACAAACUCUCCUGUGCUGUCUUUUGUUUGUUUGUGCAUUGUCAUUGAAGAAGCCACUUUGUUUUUGUAAGAGAAACGUUUUGGCCGAUAAUAGAGGCUUGUGCCUUUGCAAAGACAGAAUAAUAAACUUUGUACUUUGUUUUUUAAAGAUA